ACCAGAACUGGGCGCCGCCAUCUUGCCGAAUGUCCGCUGCUGGCAAGUUGGCAGGAAGGCAAGCGGUGCAUGGGCUCGGCGUGAACCCGGCCCUCUGAACAUCGCGCCUGUUUCCCCGGGGGGCCAACAUGUUUGGCAGGGCGCACGUCGCAACCUUUCAACCGCCGUCGCAGUAGCAUGUUCGCCGUGUCCAAGGGUCCCGAUGCGUCUCCCAAAAACCGUGCUUCGUCGGGCUUGAAAGUGGUGAGUGAGGAGUGCCGUGGGAGCCCGAGGCGGAUCUCCGAAAUGAGUGGUGGGAGACCCCCCUACAGCCAGACGAACGGACGGCGUUCUCAGAGUGGCCCCCGCGGAGGGGAACCCCCGGAGGCCGGUGCCCUGCAACACGAGGCCGUCGUCAGGUACCUCCACACCUCCUGGAAGGGCGUCUGCAAUGAGCUGGAACUGCAGCAGGGCAGGUGUGAACCAUGCGGAGCCGUCGGCGGCAAGGGGGCCCCCACGCGUCCGGAGCCACGCCGCCUGGUGGUCUACUACCAGCAGGAGGAGGAGCUGCCACGGGGCUGCGAAGAGGGCGGUCUGGAAACUCGAGCCUGAGCGAGCAGAGCGACCGUUCCUUUCGCGCCCCAAGGCGGAUCCGUUUGUACAGUAUUUAUUUUUUAUCCGACGGGCGGACGGCGUCUGCGGCGACGACGGCGGCGACGGCGACUCCCGAGGCAUUCCCGUGCGCCACCUCAAGCCGGCGACUCGUCUCUUGCUUUCCAAUGACCCUGCCGGGACCGCUUCCCCACGAUGCACUCACGGGGGAGCACGGCCGCGGCACAGCGUUUGCUCUCUUUUCUACCGAUCCAUGUACACGUUUUUAUCAUUUACCUCCGCGGAAAAAAAAGAAUGAACGGAACAAUAAAACAAAAAGUGUCCGGCCA